AUGCCUGUCUUUACAGAGUUCUCCGCCUCCUCACGCGAGCUGCGCGUCCUCCCCUCGUUCGCGCCGCCUCUCCCCCGCCUUUCCCCGCCCUUCGCAAAUCCUUCCCCUUCCACCACAACUACCUCUUCGCAACCCCAACAACCUCAGGAAGACAAAUAUGAAGUUGUCAUUGUCGGCGCCGGCCCCGCCGGACUAAUGCUAAACCUCCUCCUCGCACGCUACGGCCUCUCCGACUCGUCCCUCCUCUGCGUCGACGCGAAAUCCAGCACCCUGCGCUCCGGCCAAGCAGACGGUCUACAACCACGUACACUUGAGGUCCUGAAAUCGCUCGGCCUCGCGGACGAGAUCCUUAACGAUGGAUGCCACAUGGAGGAAGUUGCGUUCUGGAACCCCACCGGCAAGAAGGAAGGCGACGUGAUUGAGCGGACGUCCAUCGUGCCGGACGUCAGCGUGCCCGCGCGGUUCCAGCACGAGGUUACGAUCCACCAGGGACGGAUCGAGCGCAUUCUGGAGACGGAUCUUCUGCGGUACUCGAAGCGCGGCGUACAGCGGAAUACGAGGUUGAUUGACGUGAAGAUUGACGAGGAAAGCGAUGCGGAGUUCCCGAUCAUCGCGGAAAUCGAGACUGAGCACCCUGAAAACGGGCAAAAGGAGAAGAAGAUAAUCCGCUCGAAGUAUCUCGUCGGCGCAGACGGCGCGCACUCCAAUGUUCGGCGGUGCAUGGGGCUAAGCUUGGAAGGCGAAUCGCUAGACCAUAUCUGGGGUGUCGUUGAUCUUGUCGUUGAUACCGAUUUCCCUGAUAUCCGGCGCCGGACGGCGAUCCAUUCGCCUGCGGGCUCGGUCAUGGUUAUCCCGCGCGAGCGCAUUGCGACGGGUGACUACCUGACGCGACUUUAUGUGCAGGUUCCUGAGAUUGAGAUCGAGGCGGGCGAUGAUCACAAGGCAAAAGAUGCUGCGAAGGCGCGCAGGGCGGGCGUUACACUUGAAAGUAUCUUCCAGCACGCGGCGGAGGCAUUUAAGCCGUAUUACAUCAGACCUAAGGAGGACGGGGCUGUGGAUUGGUGGGCGGCGUAUCAGAUUGGGCAGCGUGUGUCUGGACAAUUCACGGUUAAGGAUUCCAAGGGGAUUAAUCGGGUAUUCAUUGCUGGUGAUGCGUGCCAUACGCAUAGUCCUAAGGCUGGCCAAGGCAUGAACGUCUCCAUGAUGGACUCCUACAAUCUCGCCUGGAAACUCAUCUACAGCAUCCACGGCCUCACACCCGGCGAGCUGGCAUCCGCAAAAUCCGACCCCGUCCUCGACACCUACCACCUAGAGCGCCACACAAUCGCCCAACAACUCAUCGACUUCGACCGCGCCUUCUCAUCCAUGUUCUCCGGCAAGAUUGGCUCGGAAGACGGGAUCGGGCAGGCCCUGACCCACGAGCAAUUCCUCGAAGUCUUCAGCACAGGCAACGGGUUCACGAGCGGAUGUGGCAUCGAGUACCCCGAGAACAUCACGGUCGAGAAAUUCAAGGAUGACGCGAAGAGGAAGAACCCAAUCACGGGCAUCGACUACCUCAGCGGGAUCCUGUGCCCCGGACGACGACUCCUCAAUGUACGUGUUAAGCGCUUUGCCGAUGGAAAUCGAAGGGAUUUACACGAUGACUUCCUCUCAACCGGCCGCUUCCGCAUCCUCGUCCUGACCUCCUCCGAUCUCCUCAAUCCGACUGGUAUAUCAGCAAAGACCCUAUCCACACUCUCCGAAAACAUAAUCCCCUCAUUCCCACACGGCACCAUUGAACAAGUCGUCGUCCACCCGCGUCUUACCAUCUCCAACAGCUCCAACGGCUCCAACGGUGCCAACGGUACCAACGGCACAAGCAAGGCGCACGCGUACCCCUACGACACAUUCACAUGGCGCGAUCUCCCCGCCGCGCUGAAAGAGCGCUCGGAGAUGCGCUUCUACAGCGGGAUUGCCCUUGACGAUAUAUACUCUAUCUAUGGCGUGAGUGAGAGCCAUGGUGCAAUUGCGGUGGUCAGGCCGGAUGGGUAUGUGGGUGUUGUUGCGGCGCUGGAUGAUGUGGUGACUGUUGAGGGGUAUCUCGGGGGUUUGUUGAGGAGGGUUUAA